GUGCCGGGGUGGGGCGUGGGGGGGUGUUUGUUUAUUUAUGUUGAAAUUCAGAGAUGAACGACGAAUACUUUUCUAACAGCUGAUCACUGGGACUUCCUUCUUGUUCUUUUUUUCAAAAGAAUUUAGGUCACUUUCUGCUAGUAUUUUCAGGAUUCGUGAUUUUUUGGCGUGUGGGUUCGUUUAUUUAUGUUGAAAUUCAGAGAUGAACAACGAAUACUUAUCUAACAGCUGGUAAUGAAUACUAUUCAAUGAAUUGAUCUUCACCAGUAGCGAAUACUUUUCAAACAACUGGUAUUGGGUACUUUUUAAUGAAUUGAUUCUCACCAAUAGCAGGAACUUUUGGGAGUUGAUUCUGAAGAUGGGUAAUCAGAUCCAUGGAUACACACUGGAUCAAAUACUUUCUACAAUGGGAUUCGGGACUUUCCAGGGUCUUGUCCUGUUUUUUGCUGGGGCUGGUUGGCUUUCAGAAGCGAUGGAAAUGAUGCUUCUCUCCUUCAUAGGACCAGCAGUUAAAUCUGAGUGGACACUUUCUCCCACUGAAGAGAGCCUUCUAACAACUGCUGUUUUUGGUGGAAUGCUUAUCGGUGCAUAUUUCUGGGGCUUCAUAUCGGAUGCCUAUGGGAGAAGGAUUGCAAUGCAAGGUGCGGACCUAGUAACAGCAGCAGCUGGACUGUUAAGUGCUUCAUCCUCUGAUUACAAGUCACUGAUUAUAUAUCGUAGUUUACUAGGAUUUGGUGUCGGUGGUGGACAUGUUUUUACAUCGUGGUUUCUGGAGUUCAUCCCAGCUUCUAGUAGAGGUGCUUGGAUGAUUGGUAUUUCAACUUUCUGGACCAUUGGAACAUUAAUGGGAGCUUCACUUGCAUGGAUUGUCAUGCCUGGCUUGGGUUGGAGGUGGCUACUUGCUUUGUCUUCUAUACCAGCUUUCUUGGUUCUUCUCUUUUCUAUUUUUGCGCCAGAAUCUCCGAGAUACCUAUAUAUGAAAGGCAGAACAAAUGAAGCACUUGGAAUUUUGGAAAAAAUAGCUUUAAUCAACCGAACAGAACUUCCUACUGGAAUUCUUCUCUCUGAUCAAAACACGGAUCUAGAUGAAGAAAAUGCUUCAUCAGAUGAAACUACUCUUCUUUCCUCAACUGGGAAAAAGAAAAGUUAUUCUGAAACAUUCUUCAAAUCUGUUCUCGAACUCUUUUCAAAAAAUUUAUUGGGGACUACUCUUCUCUUGUGGCUUACGCAUUUUGGAUAUACAUUUGCAUACUAUGGACUUGUAUUGUUGAUCACUGAGUUUAACAGUGCGCAAAGAGAAUGUGGCUCAACGACUAUCCAGUCCAAAAAAGUCCAGGAUGCUAGCCUCUAUAUUGACGCAUUUAUUAAUAGUUCAGCAGAACUUCCUGGGCUUGUUGUAGGAGCAGUUCUUGUGGAUCGGUUAGGUCGCAAGCUUACAAUGGAAAUUCUCACCGUGCUAACUUUCAUCCUUAUGCUACCACUUAUUUCGCAUCAAAACCAGUUAGUGACUACAGCUUUGUUAUUUGGUGCUCGCAUGUUCAUUUCCACAGCAUUUACAAUCUUAGUUGUCUAUGCAAAGGAGGUAUAUCCAACUUCUGUAAGGGGCACUGGUGGAGGACUUGCAACUUCCAUGGGAAGAAUUGGUGGGAUGGUAUGCCCUCUGGUAGCAGUAGCACUCACUAGCGGCUGCCAUCAAACAGUUGCGAUUAUUCUGUUUGAAAUCGUAGUACUUGUUUCCGGAAUUUCCAUCCUGCUCUUCCCAUUCGAAACCAUGGGAAGAGACUUAUCAGACAUGUAAAUACGGAAUAGAAAUAAAGUGCUUUAGAGGCGAUGAGAAGACGUAAUCACAGGAAUAAACGUUCUUCCCUGUCUUUAUUUCGUGCUGAAUUUUCUUAUCUGUGAACUACCUGUAUAAUAUUAUAUUAUUAAAUGUAAAUAAAUGAAAAUUCUCUUCAGAA